AUGACUGCUCAUGAUGCAUAUUAUGAACCAUCACACGAGAAGGUACAAUGUUCAGAGGAGAUUUGCAUAGAAUUUGACGCAGCAAGAACGAUCUCCGAACCCGAUUCCUCCCUCCAGCCUGAAUCUCAACUUCCACCCGAAAGCACAGUACACGUCGAUGUGUGGCCUGCCGAGUUCAAGAGACCACGAAAUUUAAAUUUAGCAAUGGAGAACAGACCUUGCAUUGAAGUGGCGGAGGAAUCGCGUCACCUUCGGGACAUGAUCAGCGAGUUUAUGCAAGAUCCUAAAGGAUACGGUGGAUCCGAUCCCCGAGCGGAUCAGGUGAGAGACUUCUGUUUGGGAACGUGCCUGGGCGCUGUUCGAGACCAACAGGAAGCGUCUUAUGUGGCGUGGCUGGAUGAAAGGAGUUUCGAAAACGGCCAGUGCUGUCCACGGCCUUACCAGGGACCACUGACAGCGCGCGAGCUUUACGCUCAGUUAAGAAAGCCGGUAGGACACCUCUUCUUAGAUCCGAUCAGUCAUGGAAUGUCACUCACGUCUUUGGGUGUAGCGAUUUCGACCUCGGUCAUCUCUGGAAAUGGAACACCACGAGAAUCCAUCGAAAAUGGUUGCUCCGAUGAAUAUAAAACGUCGACGCAUGAGAUAUCUUCGGCAUUUCAAGCCCACAAACGCCAUGGAAAGUCUCAACGAGACAAAAAGUCAAAAGCCAGCAAGUUCAUUCGAUUCAUCACCGAUUUAGACCCAAAAAGCAUCUAUGCCUUGAUAUCCACCGUUUCCAAAACUCAGGCCGCGCCUCUUCGAGACGCAAUAUACAAGCAUUUAGCAUUCCAGGCGCACUUCGAGGCAUCGUUUUCGUUGGGCGGAUUUCACGGGUUCCCGCUCGUUUUUCACCUACCAUACUUCCCGCUGGACGACCAUCGUUGGAUCGCUUACUGCUUUGUUGACACUUACUUUGACGGCGAAGAUGAAUGGAGGGAAAGUGUGGUUGAGUAUCGGAGAGACCGGGAGUCUGAAUAUGGCUUUAACGCCGACCCCCUCACGUACGGCAACGUCGACGCGGAUAUGCCAAUCCUGGAUCCCAGAGGAUAUUUUCUCAGGGUUCUUGAGCAUCGGCUCUAUCAAGUCUGGCGCGAAUGGUUAACGGUAAUUGACAAGAUAAAAGAACAUCUCCAGCGACAAGAUCAUCUUGAGUUCCAUCUCGGUACCAGCAUUCAACAGCUUGAGUUGCUCCAGCUCCAGCUCAAUAUUGGAUCUAGGAAGGUGGAUGAGGACGUCGGACACUUCUCCUGGUUGAUAAUGGUUUACGUCUCCCUGGUAGCAAUUGCGACGAGCGUCUUCUCCAUGGAUCCGGUGGUUAUCCCGUUUAUACAACGAUCUUUUGGAUCUUUCCUCGCUGUGAUAUUGGUGCUCUCUUUUACCGGACUAGUGGUUCAUUCCCUUGUAUUUUGGGACAAAUGA